CUUAUAUUUCGCUCGUGUGAAGCCCAAUAGAAAGAAGAAUCUCGGUGUAGGGAUCCUCAUUCCCCGUUACCUUCUUCCUCCUCUCUUCUGUAUUUACUUGCAGCCACAGAACGUUUUUCUCGAAUUGACCGAUAGAUAACAGCAUUUGCAGUAUGCAAAGAGUGGCGUCUUCUCGUAUUCGCGCUCUCAAGGGCCGCACAGACAGCAGUUGGUUGGGUAGAUAUGUGAGUACAAGUGCUGUUGCAGCAAAAUCAUCCGGAGGCUUUUUCAGUUGGUUGACAGGUGAAAGGACGUCUUCACUUCCAUCACUAGACUUUCCCCUGAAAGAUGUUCCACAUCCUGAACCAUUGCCUGACUAUGUUGAGCUUGGAAAGACCAAGAUAACCACUCUUCCUAAUGGGGUUCGAAUUGCAUCCGAAACAUCACAGAUACCUACGGCUUCAAUUGGCUUAUUUAUCGAUUGUGGCUCAAUCUACGAAACUCCAUCUUCAUUGGGUGUCACACAUCUCUUGGAGCGUAUGGCCUUUAAAAGUACCACGAAUAGGAGCCACCUGCGUGUUGUGCGAGAAGUUGAGGCAAUUGGUGGCCACGUAGCUUCAUCAGCCUCCCGGGAACAUACGUGUUACACCUAUGAUGCACUAAAGACAUAUGUUCCUCAAAUGGUAGAGCUGCUUGUUGACUGCGUUAGAAACCCAGCAUUUUUGGAUUGGGAAGUUAGUGAGCAGAUCCAUAAGUUAAAGGAUGAGAUAAGUGAUUUCUCCAAAAACCCUCAGUGCCUACUUAUGGAGGCUGUGCAUACAACUGGUUACACUGGUCCCUAUAGCAAUCCUCUUGUGACUUCAGAAUCUGCACUUAGUGAUUUGAAUAGCAAUGUGUUGGAGGAGUUUGUUGCUAAAAACUACACUGCUCCGAGGAUGGUUCUUGCAGCAUAUGGUGUAGACCAUGAUGAACUCUUAAAAUAUGCAGAACCACUUCUAUCUGAUCUGCCUUGCGUUUCUCUACCAUCGGAGCCAGGGAUAAGUUAUAGAGGAGGGGAUUUCCGCCACCAAGACGGUUCAGGGGUUACUCAUGUUGCUCUUGCAUUUGAACUUCCUGGUGGCUGGAUGAGGGAAAAAGAUGCUAUGACACUGACUAUUCUUCAGCUGCUCAUGGGUGGAGGUGGAUCUUUUUCAACUGGUGGUCCUGGAAAAGGGUUGCACUCAAGAUUAUAUCGUCGUGUCCUGAACGAGUAUCCUCAGAUACAAUCAUUUUCUGCUUUCAGCAGCAUUUUGAAUCAUACUGGAAUGUUUGGAAUUCAAUUUACAACUGGUUCUGAUUUUGCAACAAGCGCUAUUGAUAUCGCUGUUAAAGAACUCACUGAAGUUGCUUGCCCUGGAGAAGUUGACGAGGCUCAGCUAAAUCGUGCAAAACAAGCAACAAAGUCUUCCAUUUUGAUGAAUUUGGAAUCCAGAAUGGUUGCAUCAGAAGACAUAGGCAGACAAGUAUUGACAUAUGGAGAAAGGAGAACCGUAAAUCAUUUCUUGGAGAUACUUGAUUUAAUCCGCCCGAAAGAUAUUGCUAGAGUAACACAAAAGCUUUUAAUGUCUCCCCUCACAAUGGCAUCUUAUGGCGAUGUGCUUAAUCUGCCUAGCUACGAUUCUGUUAGCAGAAAGUUCUACGGAAUCUGAAAUCGUCCUUGUUCGGCUAGCUAUGGUUGGGAUACCUUCAUAUUAUCCCUUUUUUUAGCAAGUUUUGAAACGUUAGGUCCACCAGUUGAUGGCAUCAAAUGAGAAUUAAGGGUAUGCAUACAUGAAUAAUUCGGAAACUGAAAUCAUCCUGAUUCAUUUAUUUUAUUUUAUUUUUGGUGUCUUUGCUUAAAUACAUACAUUGUUCACGUGAUCCGUCACUGCUAAAGUUGGUAUAGUACACUUGUGAAUAAGGCACGAUUCGAUUGUUGUGUCUACCUACUACUAGUAUUUAGCCUGUACGAUGCAUGAGACGAAUAAUAUGCAUCAUAAAAAAUUAUAUCGUGUGCCUUAUAAUUUUUGUUGAAUAAUUUUGUGUAACUAUAAAAUAAUUUUAACCUCUGCUUCUCAACUUGAUUAAUGUAAUUGAUAAUAUA